CCAUCCCCCCCCACGCCGCCUUGCUUUGCUCAUCCUUAGCUGCAGAGCCGGGCUGGAGCAGCAUCUCCCGGGUGUAGCUACGUAUCCAGCGCCCCCCCGCCUGCCCCGCAGCGCCUUCCUCGGUCAGGGGAUCUAGGGGCCCUUCCUCCUGCCCCCCAGUUCCGCAGCAGCCCCCACACCCCAUCAUGGCUAUCGAGAAGGAGAAGAAAACCUGCGGGCAAGUCAUGGCGGAGUGGCGAGAAGGCAUCUGGAAUCCGCGCACCCACCAAUUCAUGGGGCGCACCGGCACCAGCUGGGCCUUGAUCCUGUUCUUCUACCUGGUGUUUUACGGUUUCCUGACGGCGCUUUUCACGCUCACCAUGUGGGUCAUGCUGCAGACGGUUGACCCCUACAUCCCCAAGUACCAGGACCGCCUCUCCGUGCCCGGGAUGAUGAUCCGCCCCAAGACAGACACCCUGGACGUGACAUUUAACGUCAGCAACACAGAGAGCUGGGACCGUUAUGUCAAGAUGCUGAAUGACUUCCUGGAGCCCUACAACGACUCCAUCCAGGCAGCCACAAAUGACGCGUGCCGCCCGGGCCGCUACAACGAGCAGCCGGACAACGGGGUGCUGAAUUACCCCAAGCGGGCCUGCCAGUUCAACCGCACGGUGCUGGGCGCCUGCUCCGGCCUCAACGACCCCACCUACUAUGGCUACGCCGACGGCCGGCCCUGCAUCCUCAUCAAGAUGAACCGGGUCAUCAACUUCUUUGCAGGGGCCAACCAGACCAUGAACGUCACCUGUGCCGCGAAGAAAGAGGAGGACGCGCAGAAGCUAGGGGAGAUGGUGAUGUACCCCCCCAAUGGUCACAUCGACCUCAUGUAUUUUCCCUACUACGGCAAGAAAGUCCAUGUGAACUACACCCAGCCCAUCGUGGCCGUCAAGUUCCUCACGCUGGAGGCCAACGUGGAGCACAGCGUGGAGUGUAAGGUCAACGCGGUGAACAUCGCCACCACCGACGAGCGGGACAAGUUCGCCGGCCGCGUGGCCUUCAAGAUCCGGGUCAACAGGGACUAAGCCCCGCCUCCCCUUCCCCCUCCCCCACCUUUCCUGGGGCUCCACCCCCAAAAUGGGCAGGGCUUAAUGGAGGAGGAGAAGCCAGUUGCAUAAGGGGAGGCGCCCCCAGCACAUCCUGGGCGGGGCUUGAUGGAGGAGGAGGAGCCUAUUUCAUCAGGAGGGGGACCUCCUGGGAUUUUAUUUUAUUUUUUGGGAGGGGGGUCCUGCUGAGAAUCCUAGGAUAACUAACCUGGCUUUUAGGCUGUUUUAGUGACCUUCCCUGUGCCCCCCCCCAAUUCUGCCCCCCCCACCGCAAAACGUGCUGAUUACACUGAAGGGUCUGGUACCACCCUACACCCCCCCCCACCUUUGGAAUGCUACAUUGCUUUGAUCUCUUCUAAUGCCCCUUCCCCCCCUUUUUUGGGGGGGCAGCUCAGAGCCUGUGACCCCCCCCUUUCCCCUGCCCCUUGAAAUCCCGUUGAGAUGUUUCCUAAUAUAAUAAUAAAUGUAUAUAGAUAUUUUUUAUAUAUAUAUAUAUUAAAAAUUAAGGUACGGCCGAGACCUCUAUUUUUCCCCCCCGUGUAGCCCCCCACACACACCUGCCUACUCCCCAUUUUCCAUCCGCCACCCCACACCCCUACAAUAGACGUUGAGAUUUGGUGCAUUGUCUUGAGCCGGCGGCCAUUUUGUUUCCUUGACCUAGUAGGUGCCUAGGGUUGAAUGGAGCGAUGUAGGCCGGGAAUUGGAAUGACCCCAGUUCGGUGGCCAACCAUACGGCCGCCGUUGACCCGGUAGGUUAGAAAACAAAAUGGAUGAACAGCGGCUGUCCUAUUGUGGGAUAGCAGCCCUUGUCUGUGGAGACCAGGAAUCAAAAUGGCCACCGUUCCGCAGCCAACGACCUGGCUGCCCUUGUCCGUGGAGACCUGGAAUCAAAAUGGCUGCCAUUCCGCAGCCAACGACCUGGCAAGCCAUUGUCCAUAUAGGCUAUGAAUCAAAAUGGCUGGACAAUAGCUGCGGAAUGUCCGCCAUUUUGACCCCUGCCCUGCAAAAGAGACACGGUGGCCGUCGUCUGGGUAGGCCUGGAAUCAAAAUGGCUGCCGUCGGCUGUGGAAAUGUGGCCAUUUUGUUUCUUAGCUUCUGUGGCAAAAAGUCUGGCCAACUUGACUGGGGCAUGUGGGCCAGGAAAGAAAAUGGCCACCAUUUUCAGCCUACAUUUGGCUCGGUCUGUGAAGAAACAAAAUGGCCGCUGUAAUCAAAGGCUUGACAUAGCCUCUGAGGAAGGGUUGCCAUUUUGAGACUGUGGAAUGGUGGCCAUCUUGGAUUAAUGGCCUGUGUGGCUAAAGGCUGCCAUGUUGGUCUGUGCAAUAGUGGCCAUCUUGGAUUCCUGGCCGACAGAACUGAGGCCGCCAUGUUGGGCUGUAACCUUUUCUAGCACCUCCUUCUGAUUCGUACCCCUGCUCCCUACCAAUGUGACCCCUUUCCUCAUCUUAGGGUCUGUCUUCCUCUUUUAAUGUACAGUUAUUUUUAAUCUGUCUUUUCGCUUAAUGCGGCAUAUGCACUGAGACAAGACUUGCCCCCCCACCCCAGCAUCCUGGGAAAUUCCUUGCACCCCCUUAACUCUGCCGUUGAAACAGCUGAUGCAAACGUUGCCUGUAUUAGACUCCUGCCUGAUCUCUAGUCUUCUCUGCUGCUGUCUGUAAACCAUAAGAGAAACAAUUCCCUUUUAUUUGGAACUGGAAGUAAUUUUAAAAAAAUAAUUAAAUCCUUCUUGUCUCCCCCCCCCCACCCCAAUUUUCCUAAUGCUGCAUCCUUGAGAUCACUGUGUGAAUGAAAUAACUUAACUCCUUUGCUUUUUAACUUUUUUAAUUAUUAUUAUGGUUCGUUUUUAUUUGCAGAAUUAUUUAAUUGCCUGUAUCAAAUCUACUGUAAAAGAUGAGGAGAAAUAAAACAAAAAACCCACCCUUUAAAAACUA